ACCUAGCUGGACACACAGACUUGAAGCUUUGUGAUGGUACCUCAUUACUCGCCAGGGGCCCCUUAACUUGCUCUUUCUGGAGACUGAGAAUCAAAGGAAGACUCUGAUGUGAGCAAUGGCCGAGGGAGAUGCCGCCCUGGCCUGCGAACCGUCAGCCGGGCAGGAGGAACGUCCAUACAAGUGCAAGCAGUGCCCUCGGAGCUAUCGCCACGCCGGCAGCCUGGUGAACCACCGACGUACCCACGAGGUGGGCCUUUUCCCCUGCUUGCUGUGCCGCAAGGACUUCUCCAACCCCAUGGCCCUCAAGAGCCACCUACGCACUCACACGGAGGAGAAGCGCCACAAGUGCCGGGACUGUGGGCGGAGCUUUCGGGCCUCCUCCCAGCUCAGCAGCCAUCGCUGCUUAGCUCACACCACUCGGGACCGAGAGGAGGAAGAGGAGGGAAGUAAUAGUGGGGGUUGCACCUCCCAGAGGGGCCAGGAUACCUCUUCUUCCGAUGCUGAUACCUACUCCGGAACUGAAGGCGGCGGGAGCCUGCUGACUAAUCUGGAGAAGUACAUCGCAGAUUCGGUGGUGCCGGCUGACUUUUCCCUGCUGGAGUUCUCUAUCAAGAGGGAUGUGAAGAAAGAGGAGGCGCUCCAAGCACACCAUGGGGAGAAGGAAGGAGAGCUCCGGGACGCCACCGCAGAAGAGCGGCGCUUCAAGUGUGACCAGUGCGACAAGGCCUACAAGCAUGCCGGCAGCCUGACCAAUCACAAGCAGAGCCACACCCUGGGCGUGUACCAGUGCUCCAUGUGCUACAAGGAGUUCUCCAACCUCAUGGCGCUCAAGAGCCACACGCGCCUCCACUCCGAGUACCGGCCCUAUAAAUGCCGGUUCUGCCACAAAGCUUUCCGGCUCCCUUCCGAGCUGCUGAGCCACCAAAAAGCUCACGACGAGGAAAAGAGCAAAACGGCCAGCCGGCCCACCUGGGAUGGUUCAGACCAUGGCAUCUGGGAGGAGGAAUCCAUCGAGACCUCGGCCAAGCUGGAUAUUUACCAGCCUCCACCGGCAGGCACCAACUUUGGAGACAGUGCCCCUUGUAGCCUCAAGGACACAUCCAAGGCAGGCGGAGGGGAGCGCUGCAACCCAGACGGGGAGCUUUGUGUCCGCUGUGGCGGCACCUUUGCUAACGAGGAGGAGCUGAAAGAGCACAGCUGCCUGUAUCCAGAGGAGGCGAAUGAAGAGGAGGGCGAAGGCAGCACCCCCUCCCAGCUGGCCCCCGGUUCCAACGGGAUAUGGGAAGCCAGUUUGAAAGGGGAGGAGGACUAUCCCAUGUUGGAGGAGCGACCCUUCCGCUGUGAAGAUUGUGGCAGGACGUACCGGCAUGCAGGGAGCCUCAUCAACCACAAGAAGAGCCACCAGAUCGGGGUGUACAGCUGCAACGUCUGCUCCAAACAGCUCUACAACCUGGCCGCCUUGAAGAACCACUUGCGGGUCCACCUCAAAUCCAAGCUUGGGUUGCCCACGCUGGAGGAGGCCUCCCAGCAUCUCUCUGUCAUCUCGGACUUGCAGCAAGAGGAAGAGAACCCCGGAGAGCCCAGGGACUGCCACAUCCAGCCACCAGACAUUUGGGGAGGAGCUUCCUGCCCAAAAGAAGAAGACGAAAGAGGUGGCGGGGAGGAAGAGCGGCCGUACCGAUGUGGGGAUUGUGGGCGGAGCUAUCGGCACCGUGGCAGUCUCGUGAACCACCGCCACACCCACCAGACUGGGGUCUUCCAGUGCUCCAUCUGCCCCAAGCAGUACACCAACCUCAUGGCUCUCCGGAAUCACGUCCGGGUGCAUUUGCGAGCGGCCCGGCUGAACGGCAGGGAGCCAGUCGACUGCCUGACCUGCACCAGCUGUGGAGAGAGCUUCGAAGAGGAGGCAGAAUUCCAGCUCCAUCAGCUGCGCCACCUGCCCUGCAGCGAGGACAUAGAGGCAGCAGCCAUCCCGGGGUUCGUGGGCUUCCAUCCCCAGGAGGCUGAUCUUCUCCAAGCUAUUAAGCAAGAUGUGGAAGCCCUGGAGAACGGUGCAGCAGUGGCUGAGGACAUCCUUCCUUCCUCUGAGACGUCGUAUGUCUGUAACCAGUGCAAGAUGACUUUUGCCAGUGCGGCCAGUCUGCAGCACCACAGCCUGCAGCACGGGGGCAACCGGGAGCAGCUUGACGGGGCAUCUGAGAGGCCUGAUUCCCCUGCUCCCAUCCAGCGCCUCUACGGCUGCGACCUGUGCGGCAAAUCGUACCGCCACUCGGGGAGCCUCAUCAACCACAAGCAGACCCACCAGACAGGGGACUUCAGCUGCUCAGUUUGCGGCAAGCACUUCCAGAACGUGGCCUCUCUCAAGAGUCACUUGCGUGGGCAUCAGAGGCCAAGGAGGGCCAACUCAGGAACACCUGUGAUGGCCAACAUGGAUGAAGAUGCUGAAGUGGGGGAAGGAGCUACUUUGCCUGGGAUGCCACCCCCAGGCAAGGAGUUCAAAGGCAGUUACGACCUUCUGGAAGGCGGGGCUCUGGUGAACGGCUGGCAGCCGCAGUCUGACGUUCCCUCGCCGUCACCAGGAAACGGCGAGGUGCCCCCCUACCUUUGUGAACAAUGUGGUAUGGUUUUUGACCAAGCCAGCAACCUGGAAAGCCAUAAGCAGACCCACCAGUCAGGCAUCUACCAGUGUUCCCUCUGCCCCAAAGAAUACCCCAGCCUUUUAGCUCUGAAAAACCACUUCCAUGGGCACGCCAAGGCCACGGCGCUAAGCCGCGGCAGCCCCAGUGGGAGCGACGGAGCUGAGGAGCAGCCUUUCCUCUGCAGCCUCUGCGGCAUGAUCUUUCCGAAUGAGGAAGAUCUCCAGCACCAUCACAACUUGGCGCACGAAGAAGAGGAAGGGCAGGCAGGUGGGGAGGAGGCGGAGCUGAAAACGGUCAGCAGCCCGCAGGUGGAGGACGCCGGGGAUCAAGGGGACGAGCAGCUGCUCUCCCACAUCUGUGGCUACUGUGGUGAGACGUUUGACGACAUAGCCAGCUUGGAGGAGCACAGCGAAGGGCACCAAGAAGAAAAGGCCGCAGCCUUGGCAGACACGUCGAUCCAGCUGCGACGAGUGCCGCGCGUGGAGGAGGAUCCGCCACAACUGUCACCGGUGGAAAUGUCAGUUGCUGCCGACGAACCCUUGGACGACAGGCCGUACACCUGCAGUCAGUGCGGCAAGACUUACCGGCACGGCGGCAGCCUGGUCAACCACAAGAAGAUCCACCAGAUCGGAGAUUACCAGUGCGGCAUCUGUUGCCGGCAGUACCCCAAUCUGUCUGCCUAUCGCAACCACCUCAGGAACCAUCCGAAAUGCAAGCUGAACGGCAGCGUGCCUGAAAUCCGGCAGCCGGUCCCCGUAAAAGAAGAGGGCCCUGGCCCUGGUUGUCAGAAGGCUGAGCCCCCUGAUGGCCAAGCCCUGGUGUGUGAAGGGGGGAAAGAUCCACCGGAGGUGCUCUCCUUUUUGUCUCCUGGGGGAGAGCAAAGUUCAGGACAAGAGGCAGCGUUGAACUGCAGCCAGUCCAGGAUGCAAAGGACUCUGACGGGGGACAUCUGCGGGGAAGAAUUUGAAGAGAAAGCAGCCCUAGAGGCCCAUCGUGGGCUCAGUUUUGCAGAAGACAAGCAGGAAGAGGAGGAGAUGUCGUCAAAAGAGGAGGAAGCAGCACCCGUAGAAGGGGACGAAAACGGCAGCCCUGACCCUGAAGAGGGGGGCUCCCCAUCCGAGCGCCCCUUCCAGUGCGAAGUCUGCGGGCGCAGCUACAAGCAUGCCGGGAGCCUGAUCAACCACAAGCAGACGCACAAGACGGGCCUCUUCCAUUGCGGCGUCUGCCAGAAGCAGUUCUACAACCUCAUGGCCCUCAAGAACCACCAUCGCACUCACUUUGAAACCAAACGCUACCGGUGCCUGGAGUGCCCUAAAGCCUUCCGGCUGCAGAAGCAGCUGGCCAGCCACUUGCGGGUCCAUCGGGAUAGGAAACGAGACCCCUCCUCUCAACCCUCCAGGAGGCUCCCUCACGCCAGGCGGGCCGGCAAGAGUGAGAAUUCAGUCCACCCUCUUCACGCCACCAAGCAUCGCCCGGAUCCUGAAGAACGCCCCUACCAAUGUGGGGAGUGUGGGCGCACCUACCGCCACGCGGGCAGCCUGUUGAACCACCAGAAGAGCCACAAGAUUGGCCACUUUGCCUGCCCGCUGUGCAGCAAGGAGUAUCCCAACCUGAUGUCUCUGAAAAACCACCAGAGGAUCCACUACGAAGUCAAACGCCACCGAUGCCCGGAUUGCGGGAAGGCUUUCAAGUGGCAACGGCAGCUGCUGAGGCACCAGCGCCGGCCCCAUCCCUGUAGCAGCAGCAGCAGCAGCGGACCGGGGCAAGAGCACCAAAGGAACCAGAGAGUUCCUGAAAAGGAGAGGGGAGGGAGUCACAGGGAAUCGCCCUUCGGCCCUUUUCACUGCCUUUUGUGCUCCAAACAGUUCCCCAAUCGCACCUCACUAAGGAACCAUGCCCGCGUGCACUCCAAGAAACGUUUUGAGUGCCCGGAGUGUGGCAAGGCGUACCGGGCGUCUCGGGAUCUGGUGCGCCACCUCAGGAGGCACCGGGUGGAGGCAGAGGAUGCCGAGGGGGGCUCCUCCUCCUCCUCUCCCAGCCAUCCAAACACCAGCACGCCAGCGGAGGAGGAGCGGCCCUACAAGUGUGACAGCUGCGACCGGACGUACCGCCACGCCGGCAGCCUCCUCAACCACAAGAAAGCCCAUGCCACCGGCCUCUACCACUGUCCCACGUGCCAGAAGGAAUUCUACAACCUCUUGGCCCUCAAAAACCACCUUCACACCCACACGAACAAGAAGCGCCACCGGUGUCCUCACUGCGGCAAAGCCUUUCGGACUGCCAGGCGGUUGGCCGCCCACUCCAGAGUCCACGGAGGCCCCAAAAAGGAGGGGACGUCUUUCACCUGCUCCGUCUGCUCCAAGGUGUUCUUCCACCAGCUCAGCUUCCAGCAGCAUCAACUGGCACAUGCCAGGGACGGUGGGCAUUCUUCUACUGCUGGGGACAUUCCCACCAGGGAUGGGAGCUGAGGGUGCUAACGUACACGAACCUGUAUGCCCAGGACAAUGCGGCAAACUGAGCAGACUGUGAGGAAAUGGGACAGGCUAGAUGGAGAGAGGUCUCCGGUGGGGCAGUCAAGAGGGAGAGGAGGGUGUACAGCUGCAUAUCUGGGGAUAAAAAAGGCAGAGUAGUUGGAUGACAAGAUAGAGGAAAUUAGGUGCAUGGGUUCCCUGUUCUCUGUAGAACGCCCAGUUGGGGACUAAAUUCUCUCCCUGAAUGGAAUGUUGCAUUGAGCACUCCGCCUAGACCUCCUUUCUUUGUGUCGCUGGAAAAUGUUUCCCUGUGGCCACGUUAUACCCUGUGGGGGGAGGAAGUCUUGGAGAUCCCAUUUGGAGAACUGACUUUUAGCACCUUGGAACCUUUCAAGCAUGUGCUUAAACCCCCUGAGUUUUCAGUUUUUAAAAAGGAAAUAACAACCGAUAAGCCUGUUUUGAAAGUCAGAUGAGUAGCAGCCUUCCGUGUUUUAGCCACCGAUGGUAUUUAAAUAACUCUUUUGAACAAUAUCACAAAAGUACUGUCUUAAGGGCGGGGUGGGGUGAGGGGAACAUGGUUUAGCUGCUGUUGCAAAAAAUAACCAUGGUGUGGAUUUACUUUUUGGAUGGCUGCCUCCUUUCUUGGGGAAAACAGCACACUUCUUGGGGUGGGCUGAAAAUAGUGUUUUCAAAGACCUGUCCAAACUUGACACACUUUUAUCUCAUUUUUUUUUUAAAAAAAAAGUUUUAAAAGGUAUUAACUAAAAGACAUUGCUGUUGAUUAGAAACCAUUUCUAGAGGCAGUUGACUUAAAAGGUUGUAUGUUCUGCGUGUAAGCGAGUUCUCUUCUGCAAAAUUGGGCUUAAGCCUCAUUGCAGUGAACCAGGGACACAUGGGAACAUGAAAAGCGUGUCUUCCAAAACCAAUUGGGCAAAGUCUUUAUGAUCGUAAUCCGUAGGGGGUGGGAAAAUAGAUCUCCCUGCCUGUGGCUGUUCAUAAGCUCUGCCUCUGUUGGUCUUUAUUGGGAAGGGCCCUUAAGAAUGGAUGGGGAUUGGCACCAACCCGCUCAUAUCCCUACACGGUCCAGCCUUCUGCUCCGGCAAGCGGUUUAUAGCGCUAAGCGGAGGGGAUGUCCACGCUAUCCCAGCAAGCCUUUGGGUCGCUGACACCUCACGUGGUAGAAGGUGACCUGAGAUUUUUGGUGGCUUUUCCUCAUUCAGCUCCUUCAUCCCAAAAUUUGAAUGAAGGUUUUUUUAUUUGUUGGCUCCCUUUAAGGUUUAAAACCAGUUUCUGUAUUCAGAGUAGAGCUCUGCUGGGGCUAUACCACUUCCGCCAGGAGAGGUUUGCGACGUCUUCCCUCUAGCUUGAGGCCCUAGCCUUUCUGCAGAUUUGCUCCGCUAGAAUGGUUCUCCUCACAUUUCUGGGUUCUAAUUUCAGUAAUUUUUAAAAUUAAACUAGGAAAAACAUUUCAACGCACCCAGCCCCUUCAAGUAUGAAGUGGUGCUGUCCUAACAGGGCUCUUCUAUAUUAGUGGCCUGAAUGGAAAGGCUGGGUCUUGUAUCCAUCAGUCCUUGGAGUGCAGAGCAGGGGUCCCAAAUUGUUUUCAAGAUUGUUUGAGAAGAUUUUUCUUCUCUCCCCUCGGCAAAUUGCAGAUAAGCUUGUCGGGGCCAAAACUCUUCAGUGCGGAAGCCGUCCAAAUCCCUCAGCAACUCCUUUCGAUUAAAAGUUUAGCCGUUUUUAAGUAGUUGAGAAUUCUCCAGUUGCGGUGAAACGUUAUUUAGGAUUUCUAACGUAGUUGGGUAAUUUUUUUAAACGGGGGCAGGAGGGUCACGCGUUUCCACAUUUUCAAAAAUAGUCUGCUGAAACGUGUUCUCUCUCCACCUCCCCAGUUUUUAUUUCAACAUCCAAAUGUACUAAAGUGUUUGAGUUCAUACUUCCUGGGUUUUUUUUUUGAAAAUUUAUGUUUUGGUUCUUGACAAGGAAACCCCCCUUGUCAAUUUUCUAGACGUUUGUAGCAUUUCUCCUCCCCUGCCCUCCCAAAAAAACCCACAUUAUGAUCAUUCAGUACCUAAUGAAACAGCGUUUAGUGAGAACGUCCUUACAACAAGCAUAUUUUGUUACUUAGGGGAAAAUGAGGCCCCCUGCUCUAAAUCCACAGGUGCUGUCUCUCUCCCCUGCCAGCCAGGGAAGCCCCCGGAAGAGUGUGGCUCCCCUAUGCUACUAGACCGUGCUCCACUCAAGAGAUGCAAGUGUCUCCUCUCCACACACACACCCCCAAUAGGUCAGAUACAUUUUCCUGCAGUAUCUGGCAACCUCUGGUGUCCAUACUGGAGCUGUGCGACACUGUAAAAUUCUGCAAAUAAAUUGUUCUUUGUUUCUUUUUUAGAAA